AUGGACGUUAUCCUUCCAGUUUCCGAUGCCCUGGUUGACGAUAUCGCCCAAAGCACCAGCGUAGUGGAUGAGAAAGCUACAUCUUCAAAACCGUCAGAAGGCAAAGGCAAGUGGAAAGAGAAGAAGAAUGCUGGACGGCGAAGCAGAGGGACUCGCGUCGAAGGCCCAAGACCAGAAGGAGAGGAACAGUCGAAGGAACCGCGUCUGCCCAAACGGAUGUGUGCUCUUCUGCUGGGAUUCUGCGGUUCAGGAUACAGGGGAAUGCAAUUGUACAGAGCGCAAUCCGGUCGCCCGCAAGUCGCUACCAUCGAGGGUACACUAUUCAAUGCACUCGUUAGAGCCGGUGCUAUUUCCAAAGACAAUUCUGAUGAUCCGGUCAAAGUUAAUCUACAACGUGCCGCAAGAACAGACGCAGGUGUACAUGCAGCAGGAAAUGUCGUGUCUCUCAAAAUGAUUCCCUUCGUUCCAGGCCAGGGCGACAUGUUAACGCGUAUAAACGAGGUGCUUCCUCCGGAUAUUCGCGUCUGGGACUUCGUUCGAACGAAGAACUCAUUCAACGCACGCCUACUGUGUGAUAGCCGAAAAUACACGUACUUCUUUCCAUCGUAUCUUUUGAUACCCCCCAAACCAGGCAGUGCCUUGUUCCGAAAUGUUGAGCGGUAUACGAGUACUUCACCCCCGAGCCCUCCCACCUGCGAUUUUUGGACCAAUUUGGAUCUCAAGACUCUGACGUUAGAAGAAGAGUUGCGUCGUAAACGCUUGUGGAGGGUAGAUUCGACAUACCUUGAGCGGUUACGAACUACGGCAAAAAGGUACGAAGGGACGCACAACUUCCACAACUUUACCGUGGCACGCAAUCCCAAGGAUGGAACAAACAAACGAUUCAUGAAAGUCAUAGACGUCCUUGAUCCUCAAACGCACGGAGACACUGAGUGGAUACCAGUUGAGUUCCACGGUCAAAGUUUCAUGCUGCAUCAGGUACUACCAUUGCUCAUCCAAAGGAAAAUGAUGUUUGCCCUGAUCAUGUCAUGCAGGACAGGAACACCGGAUAGUAUCAUCAACGAACUGUAUAGUCUGCGCCGAAUGGUAAUCCCAAAAGUGCCUGCCCUUGGACUGCUUCUGGAAUGCCCAAUCUAUGAUGUCUACAAUAUGAAUGUCGUUCCGAUUAAUCAGAACCUAGAGCCUUCUGACCCAAGCUACCGUCCGCCUAUAGACUUUGCGAAACAAGCUGAGAAGAUGGCAGAGUUCAAACAAAAAUUCAUCUAUACCAGUAUGCGUGGUAUCGAGGACCGGAAAGGACUUUUCGAUGCUUGGAUACGGUCUGUGGAUGCUUAUGCAGGCAAUGAUUUGUUAUAUUACAACCCAGAGGGUACAAUACCCGACGUGUGUGUCAUCAAGGACGGAGAACGACGCCUACAUCCCUUCAAGGAGAGAAGGAUCUUCAAUCGAACUGAUUUCGAGGAUGACGAAGAAGGAAAAGUCGAAAUAGAGGAUGAGGAGGGCGAAGAAGAAGUUCGAAUGGAUAAGAAGGCCCUAGAGGAAAUGGAAGGCUAA